AUCUCAUCAGCACUCACAAUCCAAUCCAUCCAACAAUCAUCUACUUGAGCUUCAGCCUCGACCAUUAUCAACACUACCUCAAUCAACUACAAUCAACUUUGACAAUUUGUCCAACACCACCCAAUCCAGCACAAUGUCUGCCCCUACUUCUCUGUCCAAGCCUGCCUACGCCUCCGACUCCGACUCUGACGGCCAGGCUCGAGGUGGUCGCCGCAGCCAGAAGCAGCAGUUUGUUGUUCCUCUUCCCACCUCCACCGGCCUCUCUCAGCCCGCUGGUCAACUUCUCAAGGGUGCCACCGAUGAGAAUGGCAACCAAAAGUCCGCUGCUCUCCUUGUCGGUAUCAAGCUCGACCUUGAGGCCGAGGUUCACUUGACUGCCCGAGUCAAGGGAGACAUCUGCAUUGGACUCUACUAGGCGACGGACAUUCCUUCUGCUUCGACUUCGACUUCGACUUCGACUUCUGAGUUUAUGUGCUUGGUGAUCUGGUCGCAGAACACAGCCGGUGAUCAUGUUAUGAUGAUGAAUGGAACGCCUCAACGUGCCUGACUCUCUGGACGAGCUGGCAAACAUAUUGGGGUGUUUAAAAAUGGAUGGGAUUUCUUUUUACUCUGGGCUUGCAUGUAAAAUUUAUAGCUAGGAUAAUAACAGCUCUUUGCUACU